AUGCUGAUGGACCAUAAUAAAAAUAAUAAUAAAGAGAAACAAAAGUUUCAGCCCCAAACCAGUAAACAACAAGAAAAGAAAAAUGAAUUUGAGAUUUUCCAGGAUGAUGAAGAAGAUGAUGAUUUAAGUAAAAGUAUUUACCAUAAUCCAAAAAAAGACCAGACAAUUGUCGAGUUUGAAGAUGUAGAAACUUGGGAAGAUGAAAAAAUGUGCAGCUUCAUAGGCGACGGUCCAAAUCGUUAUGAAUACACAAUCAUUCAGAAUUUUGAUGAAUCGUUGUCAUUUAAAUUAAGAGAUGCAAUUGUGAAGAGCAAAGGAAAUCCAUUUUCUAAAGAUGUUCGCACAUUGAUUCUUGAACAAUGCAAUUUCGAACAAUAUCUUGAAGAUAACAUUGAUUCCUGUUCUUUAUUAAAGAAUGUUCCUCAAUUAAAAACCGGAGGGACUUUACAGUGUGGAAAUGACAUGUAUAAAGUGGCUAAAAUUCUUGGAAAAGGUGGAUUUGGUUCAGUUUUUGAAGUGCGCAACAUGAAGAACAAUGAAUCGUAUGCAGCAAAGCAAGAAAAAUCACCAAAUCUGUGGGAAUAUUAUAUUUUAAUCGAACUAGUCUCUCGAUUAAGUUCAAAGAACAUUAAUCACUUGAUUCCAGCGUAUAUGCAUGUCUGCAAAGCUAUUGUUGCCAAUAAUGCUAGUGUCUUAAUCUCGGAAUAUUCUCCACAUGGAUCACUCAUUGAUGUUUGCAAUAAAAUUAAGCAAGGCACGAGUAAAAACGUUGAUGAAUAUAUUGGAAUGAAUUUUACAUCACAGCUCUUGUCUAUUAUUGAUUAUCUCCAUUCAUGUCACAUCAUUCAUGCUGAUAUUAAGCCUGACAAUUUUGUUUUGAUGUCCAAGUACAAUGCUAUUGGAAUGAAAGUUCCAUCACUGCAGCUAAUAGAUUUUGGAUCUGCAAUUGACAUGGAUAGCUUCGAUAAAGAUGAUGAGUUCACUUAUGUCGUGAAAACAGACAAUUUUACAUGCUGUGAGAUGCUUGAGAAUCGGCCAUGGACAUAUCAGACAGAUCUUUUUGGUAUUUGUGGGACAGCUCAUGUGAUUCUAUUUGGAAAGUAUAUGGAAGUUGAAAAGAAGUCAAGCAAUUGGCAAAUUAAGACAAGAUUCCCAAGAUACUUCCAGAAAGAUAUUUGGGAUAUAUUCUUCAAUACUUUACUUAAUGUUCCAGACUAAUCUAUUCUCACAUAUCUUACUUAG